UGCCCCCCCUCUUUCUCGUCUUCCUCCAUCCCAGCUUCAUCCGCCUCCUCCUCUCGCUCCCUCUCCCCAGCAAGCAAGUUCGAUGCGAUCGGCUCUGGGCCCUGCCGUGAGUUGUCGGUGCGGGCGACAGCGCUGCUGAACAUGGCGUCGGACGGGAUGAUUUUAACGAACCACGACCACCAAAUCCGGGUCGGAGUCCUGACAGUGAGUGACAGCUGUUACCGAAACCUGGCAGAGGACCGCAGCGGCGUCAACCUCAAAGAUCUCGUCCAUGAUCCAUCCCUGUUGGGUGGUAUGAUUGUGGCCUACAAAAUAUUGCCAGAUGAAAUAGAUGAAAUCAAGGAGACUCUGAUGGACUGGUGCGACGAAAAGGAGCUUAACCUCAUUUUAACCACCGGAGGUACCGGCUUUGCUCCAAGAGACGUCACACCGGAGGCCACAAAGGAGGUGAUUGAGCGUGAGGCUCCAGGCAUGUCGCUGGCGAUGUUGAUGGGAUCUCUCAACGUCACACCACUAGGCAUGCUCUCCAGACCUGUGUGCGGAAUCCGAGGGAAGACCCUCAUCAUUAAUUUACCAGGAAGCAAGAAAGGCUCCCAGGAAUGCUUCCAGUUCAUCCUGCCGGCGCUGCCGCACGCCAUCGACCUCCUGCGCGACGCCGUGGUGAAGGUUAAGGAGGCGGCGGAUGAGCUGGAAGACCUGCCGUCGCCGCCACAGCCUCUCUCCCCGCUGCCCAACAGUUCGCCACGGCGUCAGACGGAGGACAAGGGCGUGCAGUGCGAGGAUGAGGACGAAGAGAAGAAGGACAGCGGCGUGGCAUCCACGGAGGACAGCUCCUCCUCCCACAUCACCGCAGCAUCCAUUGCUGCCAAGAUCCCAGACUCCAUUAUUUCGCGGGGUGUGCAGGUGUUGCCCAGGGACACGGCCUCUCUCAGCACCACUCCCUCGGAGUCGCCCCGGGCACAGGCCACCUCGCGGCUCUCUACCGCGUCCUGUCCCACUCCCAAAGCGCGGCUCCCCUCCUGUUCAUCUACCCUAAGCAUUGCUGAGGCCUCACGGAGAGAAUUCAGGGCUCACCUGGAUGAGGUCAUCACGCUCAAGUCAAGGUACUCUACCUUGGACCAGCUCCAGUGUAGGUUGGAGGGGCUUAAAGAUGAUCGCAGGAGGACCUUCAGCUCUCGAGUGCAGUCACGAUGCAGCAGCAAAGAGAAUAUCCUAAGAUCAAGUCACAGUGCUGUGGACAUUACCAAGGUGGCCCGGCGACACCGCAUGUCCCCUUUCCCCCUCACCUCCAUGGACAAGGCCUUCAUCACUGUGCUGGAGAUGACCGCCGUCCUGGGCACUGAGAUCAUCAACUACAGAGACGGGAUGGGUCGAGUCCUAGCUCAGGACGUUUAUGCCAAAGACAACCUCCCACCCUUCCCUGCCUCUGUCAAGGAUGGCUAUGCUGUGAGAGCCGCCGACGGCCCGGGCGACCGCUUCAUCAUCGGAGAGUCCCAAGCAGGCGAGCAGCCCACCCACACCGUGAUGCCUGGGCAGGUGAUGAGGGUGACAACCGGCGCUCCUAUCCCCUGCGGGGCUGACGCCGUCGUUCAGGUGGAAGACACCGAGCUCCUCCGCGAGUCCGAAGAUUUUGUCUUUCAGGGCACAGAGGAGCUGGAAGUACGAAUUCUAGUCCAGGCUCGGCCAGGCCAGGAUAUCAGGCCUAUCGGUCAUGACAUCAAGCGCGGCGAGUGUGUGCUGGCCAAGGGCACCCACAUGGGCCCCUCUGAGAUCGGCCUCCUGGCCACGGUGGGAGUCACGGAGGUGGAGGUCCAGAAAUUCCCCGUAGUGGCUGUCAUGUCGACGGGAAAUGAGCUGCUGAACCCAGAGGAUGACCUCCAUCCUGGGAAAAUCAGGGACAGCAAUCGCUCCACCCUGCUGGCCACCAUCCAGGAACAUGGCUACCCGACCAUCAAUCUGGGCAUUGUGGGAGACAACCCCGAUGACCUUCUCAAUGCUCUGAAUGAAGGCAUCAGCCGUGCUGAUGUCAUUAUCACCUCAGGCGGAGUAUCCAUGGGAGAGAAGGACUACCUUAAGCAAGUGCUGGAUAUAGAUCUUCAUGCUCAGAUCCAUUUUGGCCGGGUCUUCAUGAAACCAGGGCUCCCAACCACCUUUGCCACGCUGGAUAUCGACGGUGCUCGCAAACUCAUCUUUGCCCUCCCAGGUAGAAACCCCGUAUCCGCUGUCGUCACCUGUAAUCUUUUUGUCAUCCCCGCCUUGAGGAAGAUGCAGGGUAUUUUGGACCCAAGGCCAACUAUCAUCAAAGCGAGGUUAUCUUGUGAUGUGAAGCUGGAUCCUCGCCCUGAAUACCACCGCUGCAUCCUGACUUGGCAUCACCAGGAGCCUCUGCCGUGGGCACAGAGCACAGGGAACCAGGUGAGCAGCAGACUGAUGAGCAUGCGCAGUGCCAACGGGCUCCUGAUGCUACCUCCCAAAACAGAGCAAUAUGUGGAGCUGCACAAGGGCGAGGUGGUGGACGUCAUGGUCAUCGGCCGGCUAUGAUGUCAUGGCCGCGGGGGGGAGGGGGGGGGGGGGUCGAAGGGUCGCCGUCAUUUCUAGCGAGGGUCGUAACGGCGGUUCACAGUGCAUGUCCACAUAUCAUUGACUAUUCUGUAAUAUGCAACGGCACAGCUAGUUUUUGUUGAUUUGGAGAACAUUGAGGUAUUGUCGACAUCUCGAUCACAGCCUAGAUAUACUGUAUAAGAAAACAUUGAUUUAAGAAGAUUAUAGUAUUUCAAAGAAAGAAAAUAUAACUUUUAAUGGAAAAAAAAUCUAAUUAUAAAAAGAGAUUUAUUCUGUAAUAUAUUAUUAUGAUUAUUCUUCUUAUUAUUAUGAUUAUUCUUCUUAUCAUUAUUAUAUUAAGGCAACUUUGUUCCUUUCAUUGCAAUUGCUUUGUGUGUUCAAUGCUAGACCUUAUCUAUAGCAGUAGCAUUUUAAUAGACAGCUGUAGGUGCCUGCCAGGACAGAAAAAAAAAAAAAAAGAUUAUUUUCUCACCUUUAGUGUAAAAAAAAAAAAUACCCUUAGCCAUUUUUUUGUUUUUGUUUGUUUUUUGAAAAUGAAGUAAAAUACUGAUGAGGACUCCAGAUUUCCCAUGGUGCUGCAGUUAGGAGGAAAAGGGGGACACAUCGAGGUCUUUUUCUCUUUUGAGCGCCCUUCAAGGUGACACUUUUUCUCUCGUUAGUAUGCAUCAUAUUGGCUUCACAAAGAGCUUUGCUUGUCGUUUAUCUUGUGAGUCUUGUUUAUGUGCGCGGUGCCAAAUGCCUGGGUGGGGGAGGCGGGGUGUAGGGCAAUGAAGCUUCCUUAAAUUUGCGGUGACCAGGUGGAAUAUUUGCUCCUACCCCGCCCACCACCCCUACUACAAACCCCUACCCAGGGAUAAGCUUGGGGGGGAGGUGAAAUAUAUUUUAUUUGAGCAACUAUUUAAGGGAAAAUUAAAAAAAAAAAAAAAAAAAGAAGCAAGAGAAGAAGCAGCUUCUUUAAUUGCUGAUGGCCUUUUUAACCGACUUCACAAAAUUGUACAGAUUAAAGAAAAAAAAUAGAACCAUAUUGUACAGAUAUGUGACCAGCACUCCUAAGGAAGUUAAUAUUAUUAUUAAGCAAUGAGGAGACAUUGAACAACGCUGUACUAUAAACGUUUUCUGUAAUGAUGCUGAAACUGAUGAAAGAGACUACGAUAAUAAAAAUCCUUGAUCAUUAUGUAAAAAAAAUAAUAAUAAUAAACACACACAAGGUUA